AUGAAAUGCAAUAAUAAUCAGAAGUUCCAGGAUAGAUUACAACCGCAACAAAGACAACGAAAGCAGGAAUAUCUACGUCAGUAUGGCCUGGAAGAAGUCUCGCACUUGAUGAAUAACAGGAGUCUAAGUUACUGCUCUGAUGAUUUGGUGUUGAACUUUGCCGGUUAUCGCUUUCUUAUGUGCUUAUGGGUGCCUUCCUGGAAAAACCCAAAACAGAUAAAGUAG